CAGGAAAAGGCCUGUGAAGAAGAGAAGGGUUCCCAGAACAAACUCUGCUAAAAGAAAUUAGCAAACAUGAACUGGUCGGGUUUGGAAGACCUUCUUGGUGGAGUGAACAAAUACUCCACAGCGUUUGGGCGUAUUUGGCUCUCGGUUGUCUUUAUCUUCCGGCUCUUAGUCUACUUAGUGGCAGCAGAGAAAGUCUGGGGAGAUGACCACAAGGACUUUGACUGCAACACUGAGCAGCCGGGUUGUCCCAAUGUCUGCUAUGACCUUUACUUUCCAAUCUCUCACAUCCGACUCUGGGCUCUGCAACUCAUCCUCGUUACCUGCCCUUCCCUGUUGGUUGUUAUGCAUGUAGCGUAUCGGGAAGCCAAACUGAAGAAACGUAUACAGAAAUUUGGAAAUGACUUCAGACCACGUUAUCCUCCAGGCAAGAAGCGUGGGGGCUUAUGGUGGACAUACCUCUUCAGUCUUCUCUUCAAAGCUUUGGUGGACAUAGUGUUUCUGUUUCUCUUUUACCAUGUGUACCCAAACUACAGGCUUCCUAAUCUAGUCAAAUGCUCCCUUUCACCUUGCCCCAACCACGUUGACUGCUACAUAGCCAGGCCCACAGAGAAAAACAUCUUCACUCUCUUCAUGAUUGUUACUGCCUGUGUUUGUGUCCUACUUAGCCUCAUGGAAGCUUUCUAUCUCAUUGGGAAAAGAUGUAAGGACAGCCUUCAGGACAGAAGUGAAAGUCACGGAACAGCCAGUGGGGAAGUACACUUCCUCAGAAGAGACAAUUGCUCCCUGUCACCAAGUAAACAGGACACAAGUGAAGUAGAUGGACAGAUUUUUCAUGGGGCAGAUUAUAAGCCAGUCACCUCACCUCUCAUAAGCAGCUCCCAAUGUGGGGAGCCUUCAAAAGUUGGGAAGCUGGAGUAACUACACAUCCAAGGAGAAUGAAGAGCUUGUCCAUGAUCCAUAUAGCUUCACUCCCAUACCAACACUUUCUGCUAGGCUGGAAAUGUGAGAAAUGUGAGAAAUGGUAGAACUUACUGGAGAUUAGGAAAAGGAACAUUCAUCUAGCUUAGUCUGUUCAAGUUUUAACAGCUACUGUAUAUUGCCAUGUAAACUGCUCCUGGUUUAUGUUCCAGCCCUGCAGCCAUGCCCUUCUUUAGGGUGGUCCUUGACAUUCCCCCUCCCAUCUGUCUUUCUGAUUUUUUUUUUAUUCCAACAAUCACACUCAGCUCUCAGUUUUCUUCCCCAUCCCGUAGGUUUUCCCCCAACUCCAAAACAUUGCAGUUCUGCAAACCUUAGAAUUCUACUGCCAGCUGAUUCUUGGGCAUGGUGUUGCUAUUUCUUCUAUCCAAGCUUAGCUCUUUCCAGAAGAGAGAGGGAGAGAGAUCUUAAACUGCCAUAUCCAUUGUUCUGACUCUUUCAAUUGAAUGCA